AUGGUGUCCCGCAAGGCCCUGGCUGCCCUGCUGGUGGUUCACGUCGCCGCUCUGCUGGCCUCCCAGACGGAAGCCUUCGUUCCCAUCUUCACGCACAGCGAGCUCCAGAGGAUGCAGGAAAAGGAGCGGAACAAGGAGCAAAAGAAAUCGCUGGGCGAACAGCAGCAGUCUGAAGAGGUGGGUCCUCUGGACCCCGAGGAGCUCACCGAGGAGGAAGACAACCAAGUUAUCAAGCUCACUGCUCCCGUGGAAAUUGAAAUGAGGAUGAACUCCAGGCAGCUGGAAAUACCGGCCGCCGUGGAAGGGCUGCUGAGCGAGUGCUGCCCACCCAGAGCGGGACCCAACUACGGGGAGAUGGACACAGGCACGGUGAAGCGGGAUGACAGGGGAGGAUGCCUGUCCAUCACCCUGGGCACAGAGCUGAGGGCCAACGCCAGCCGUGGGAAUACAUAA